ACCACCUCUUCCCAGUCUCACUCUUUACAGGACUUAAACCACAGCAACUAGAGACCAUCCCGGGCUGCUUGUGUGUGAUGAAUGCCUCCCUCUCCCUCUUCAUACACACCAUUCUGGUUGAUUUCAGAGGAAACCUGCCUGAUGUACUCUGUGUGGAGUGAAGCGUGAGAGACUUGGACAUGAUUUGUUGUGACUAGACUGGGUGUCCAAAUGAACUGAGGACCAAAGAUCGCAAAGCUUGUUCCAAAUCGAGAAGGACAAAGUAAAGGAGCGUGAUUGUUUCACAUCCAUUCUCCACACCAUGAACUGGGACUGAAGACCCACUUUGCAGUUUAAUUCCGUGUCAAAUAAGGUAUAAAUCACAGAGGCAUUGACAUCAUGACAGAGACCCUUCACUGAGGUCACCAGAAGCUUUGAAGGACGCAAAAGCCACUAUGGAUGUGAAGAAGAAAGAAAUGGACCUCCUGAGCAACAGCAUAGCUGCUUAUGCACACAUUAAAGCAAACCCAGAGACCUUCGGGCUUUACUUCGUGCUGGGCGUGUGUUUCGGCCUGGUGCUGACCCUCUGCCUGCUGGUCAUCCGCAUCUCCUGCAAGCCACGCACUAACCUGGCCUCGUCCGCCGCCGCCGCCGCUCCGGAGAAAAAGCAGCCGAAAGACAUCGAGGACGACGAGGACGACGAGGACAGCGAUGACGAAGACGACGAUGAGAGGUCUCACGAUGUGGAAGCGCCCGCCUCGCUACUCGCCACCGAGAUCCCCGUCUGCAACCACAGCAGCAACCAUUCCGACGGGACGCUGAACGUGUUCACUUCGGCCGACGAGCUGGAAAGAGCACAGCGGCUGGAGGAGCGGGAGAGGAUCAUACGGGAGAUAUGGAGGAACGGACAACCAGAUAUUUUGGGCUCGGGAACGGGGACCAUCGGAAGGGUGCAUUACUACUAAGCCACAUGACUUGAAGGCCCACUGUGGUGUGUUUGACUGUGACAUUGCACUUGCUACGUUACAAUACUGACAAUGAAAACCAAAAGGUGUCUUAAAAGACUGCAGAAUGAAUGGAGCUGAUGACACUUGAAGCUUUGAGCGUGGUGCUUAAUGUGUUAUGUAUUGAAUAUGAAAUGAAAGCAUUCAUAUGGACACUAUUUAGAAUGUACUCUAUGUUGCAAUGAAGGUUCUCAUGUAGGUGAAACUGUCGUGCCCCUGUAAAGGAAAUUACAAUGAUUAAAUAACAUAAUCCCACAGCACAUGAUGUUCCAAAUAAAAUAUAGUUAUCAUAGUCAGGUUGCUAUUAAAUGACAUAUUUUUUGAAUUAUUUUCACCAAAAAGGAAAUUAAAGUAUUAAAUAAUUAAGCUCAAAUAGUCUGCUGUUGAUUCUUCACAGAAAAAAAUAAACUAAAUAAUAAAAUAUGUGGGAAUAACAACAAAACUGUGUCACUUGCGUGAGAAAAAUGUUUUUACUAGUCUUCUGAAAGGAAGCAGUAUGAGAUGCCAUAGGAUUAGUAAUUUCCUUAAAAAUAGAGGGCAGUAUUUUUUAAGAAAAUACCGCACAGAACAAAGAGCUGGAACCUAUAAUUGUGUCACAUGCACGCCCCCAGGGAAGGAUAGUGUACUUUUAUGUGUUUUUAUUACUUGCAUUCCAUGUAUUUGUGUAUUUUGUACAUAAAUAUCU